AUUCGCAGCGAAUCGAGCUCGUAGUCACAAAAUCGUGCAGCGGGAGGAAAUCUAAUAUAAAAAAAAACCCUAAAAUAUCGUAACUUAUCGGAAGUUUAAGUAAAAAAAAACCCCAGUGACAUCAUGUGCAAAAGUGUGAUGAUUUGUUUGGCCAUCUUGGCUUCAGCUUCAACUAUUUUGGCCCAAGCCACGCCCAAGUCCUGCGUUGAUGCCACCGGAAUAGAUUUCAACAACACACAAUUCGCUGGGUACUGGCAAGAGGUUGCCCGCAAUCCUGCCUCGAAUGUGUCCUGCAUUGAUCUAAGCAUUGGCUUCUGGAACAACACCAACAUGCUGGUGAAUGUCAGCCACUCGGCUAAUACGCAAUCCCUGUACCAGAACGAAUACGAGAAGGCCAACAUCACCCUAGUCCCUGGCCAAACUUUCUACAACGUCAACUUCACGGGUGGCCAGAAGCAGAGCUUAGUGACCAUCAAGCUUCUGGAACUGGUCGACGACACUUACCUGUUGGGUUGCAGCUACACGGAUUCCACCAAUAGCUCGACCAGCGCUGGCUUCAUUUUGGCCAGGUCCAAUUACUCGUCUUUCCUCAUUCCGGAGGUCAAUGCCAAUGCCUCCGUGAAAUACACCAAUUUUGUGAAUGGAACCAUCUACAAUGUCACGCAUGCUGGCUGCUAUGCUAGCUCCGCUGUACAGAAUCUGCCCCUGAUCGCUGGCUUCCUGGCCCUGGCUCUGCUCCUGAUCAAGGUCUAGAAAAACGAAGAAGAGAAGAUGCCACUUCCGAAAAUGAAAUAGCCGAAACCAAAACGCUUGCCAAAAGUUAUUGCGUCAGUAUCUUUAUUUAGUUUUUAGUUGGCUUUCCACACCCCGCCCAGAAAAGAAAAGUAACAUAGCCAAGGCUAUGGCGAUGAUGUCAAAUAAAAAUAAACCAAAAUGGGUGAGGACCCCAAUAAAAAAAGCCCCACACACCAUUUUCGAUAAAGGCUUACUCAGACAGAA